UACUAGUAGUUUAUGUGACUUAGUCAAGACUUUAGACUCCAGACUUGAGAAAGAAGCUGAAUGGAAUCGGUUUUUCCAAUAUCAAAUUUUAUCUUUGUGCAUAGGUAUUGCCCCCGUCGGAAGUGAAAUAUUUCCAGCCAUAGACCAAACAAUGUUGGAAUACUUGACACCACAUAUUCUUUCUGUGGAACAUGUUGAAAUGGCUCAAUGCCUAUAUUUUAAUGCAACCUUGGUUACAUCGUGA